AUGACAUCCGUGGUCCUCGUUACCUUUCUAUCAAACUACAAGCUCAAGAACGACCAAACAAAACCAUCCACCUGCAAAGUGCGCUUCUCAAUGCCUCCAGACAAGACCAAAAAACGUCGUCACCACGCACCAACUCGAACCAACACGUCAUACUCGGCGACAUCUUCAUCCACCAUCAUCGCAGGACCCCAUAACUCUCGUAAUGAGACCGCAGCAACCGCAGCAAAAGUUCUCGUAGCUCAGUUGUCAUCACCAACACUCAACACACGCUCUGAGUUCGAACUGGCGUACAAAAUCAGCAAAUCCACCACCUCCAUCGCCGUCAAACAACUCGCCACAACCCUCUGCCGAGGCGACAUUGCAGAAACCACCUCCCGUCUCGCGCAAAACCGCUCUGACCUAAACGCGCUAAUCGAAGCAGCUCAAGAACAAGUCGAAAAAGUGAAAAAGAUGGAACGCGAUUGGCGCCCUGAACUGCCCUCAACGACCAAGGAAUUCGCGACUGAUCUCGUCGCUGGGAAGAAUAAGGAUAUGCGCGAGGCGAUGAAACAAUUUGAUGAGUUGAGGUGGGAAUAUGAAAGGAUUAUUAAGUAUUUGGAUUGGAUUGAGGAGCUCAAGGUUGAGAGGGAGAAUUUACUAGAGGAUCGAAAGUACAUGUGUGGUCAUUUUCAGUAA